AUGGAUGCUGCAACCCUCAAUCAGCGGUUGUUGGAGCAGUUCAUCGCUGGUGUCAGGGACCCUGAAAUCCGAAAGGCCUUGAUGCGGACGCAAUCGGCUACCUUCGACGAAGCCCUCGACCUGGCACGUCUAGAGGAGGCCCUCCAAGCAGUCUGCGAUCAACCAUCUCAACCUCUCCUCGGCAUCGUUGCUGUCCAGUCGCAGACGGCCCGCGACUGUGCAACUCAAACGCCCUGGCACCCCUGCUCCUGCGGCUCCUACUACUUCCGACAAAACCAGUGGCGUCGGCAACCGCCCCGUCGAGGCGCAGGACCUCAGACUCGCCACUCCGUUCAGGCCAUUGAUGCCAGUACGGAGGAACACAGCGGUAAGUACUACAUUGUUUCUGAUUCAGCUGUUUCAUGCGUUGGUCCUACUAUUUGCCCUUUAGUUGAAGGCUUUGUAGGCAGCACUAGUCUUUCAUGCCUAGUAGACUCAGGCGCUGGUUGUUCUUUGAUACGCCAGCAGUCCUUUUUAGAGUUCCAAACGAGGAUCAGGUAUUGUGAUAGGCCUAAUUUCAAACUUCAUACUGCAAAUGGCACUCAUUUUCGGCAUACUGGCCUUGUGGAGUUUUCUCUUGACCUCUCAGGUCUUAGUUUUACCCACCAAUUUGUCGUGUCCCCGGAUAUCACUUGGGACUGUAUAAUAGGUGUUGACUUUUUAAAUAAGUUUAGAUGUUCCUUUGAUUUCAGUAAGCAUUCUUUACGGGCCGUCACGGUCAGUGUGCCUUUUCUUCGCAGUUUCCCUGAGCCACGGGGGGUACCCAAUUGCACAGUUAGUGUUGAUGUUAAGGACCUAGUCCCGGCACACCUCGACGAAGGUAGCGCCCGGAAGCUCAGCCAGUUAAUAUGCGAAUGUAAGGAUAUCUUUGACUGGGAUGGCAAAUCCACAGGGAGGACUGGUGUGACGGAGCAUUGCAUCGACACAGGGGAUGCGAGACCGAUCAGGGUUCCCCCCAGGCGACAUCCAAUAUUUUACCAGAAGGAACUAGAUGCCCUUAUCAGUGAUAUGCUUAGUCGUAAUAUUAUAAGGCCCUCUCAGUCGCCCUGGUCAUCUCCCAUUGUGCUUUGGGUGCCUGAGGGGUUCCAUUCAGACCAGGGUGCUCAUUUCGAUUCCCGGCUGAUGGGAGAACUCUGCGAACUUCUUCAUUUUCGUAAAUCUCGUUCUACCUCGUGGCACCUUCAAGGCAAUGGACAAGUACAGCACACGAAUCGGACUCUCAGAGGUUUGAUCCAAUCUUUCGUUAACGGUUGCUAUGGUUCCUCUUGGGAUGUCGCCCUCCCUCAAUGCCUUCUUGCCUACCGUUCCACCACGCACUCGUGAACGGGUCAUACGCCGUUUGCCCUUAUGUACGGCCGCGAAGUCCGUCUUCCACCGGACACUUCCUGUCCCCUCCCACUUCCGUCCCCCGAUCCUCCCCACGAGUUUGUGCGAAACCUACGAGCUAACCUAUACCGUACACACGGGCUUGCUCGCACCUAUCUCUCUACGACCCAUCAGCAACAGAAAGAUUACUAUGAUCGUCGUGCGCACGGUGCACCUUACCAACCUGGCGACAAAGUAUUCUGGUUUCAGGAUAGGUUGCCUCCUGGGUCAGCCGACAAGUUCUCCACGCAUUGGAUAGGGCCUUUUGUUGUUGUGGAAGUCCCUUCAGGGCCUCUGAUGAUCCAGAUGGUCCCACCUUUGCAGCUCACUUCAACAAGCUCAAACCAUACGCCUUAGAUGAUAGCUCUUGCUGCCCUGUCUCUUCGGAGUUACCUUCAUUCCCCUCCGCGGAGCUGCCGCACCCACCCACGGAUCCCUCUUCAAUCAUCUCCGUCCCCUCUUCUCCUCCCGCUCCAGCAGUCCCUACGUCCCCCGCUCACCCCAGUCCUCUGCCUCCGUUAGUUUCUCGUACUGUGGAAGUCCCUCCCGAAGGUGGUUUCGGCAUCCCGCUCGACGGUCUUAUCCCCGAUGGGACAUCGGUCCUACAGGAGGGGGCAGUGUGA